UCUACAGCAGCUACAGCAAUGGCACCUACAAUCACUUCCUCAGCAGGCUACUCAAAGGAACAUUUGAGUCUGAACCUUAAGAUAAGAAAACCCAUUGUGGAGAAGAUGCGCAGGGAUCGCAUUAACAAAAGUAUUGAGGACCUCAAGGAUCUCCUGGGUCCACAGCUCCUCAACCAGCAGCCCGACUCCAAGCUGGAGAAAGCUGACAUCCUGGAGAUGACCGUUUGCCUCCUGAGACGACAGCUCCAGCAUAAGACUCUGCCUUCAUCUGAUGAUGUUCUUCAGGGAUUCUCCACGUGUGCCAAAGAAGAUGUUCACUUCCUGUCAAAAAGUCAUGGAACUGUGCUGAGCCACUUCCAGACCCAGAAGCCGUCCUCUGAUGAGGACAUGCCAGAUCAAGCCCUGCCUCAGAUUAGUGUGCUGAAUCAGCACACACUGAGCAAAGAGAAGAGUCCAGCCAAGAGCGCCCCCUGGAGGCCUUGGUAGAAAACUGAAGUAUAGUUCAACAUGAACUAAGACUGUCAUUGGUUAAGCCUGCAAAUGCAGGCGUUAUGUUUUCUUUUUAUCUGAAAAGAAUGUAAGAUCAUUUCCAGGAGGAAAUAUGGAAUACCAUAUCUGUGAUAUGGACUGCCAAUUGUCUUCAGCGAAGACU